AUGAAACUAUUCUUUGCGAUUACCUUGGCGUGCCUUGGCGUGUCCCUCACCGAAGCCGGACGUACCGCUUCGACGGAUGUCGUGCAAAAGCUGAAGGAAAUCGAACCAAUCUACAAGAAUCUGCAAGAUAACAUCGUUAAUGCAGUGGCCGGGGCAAAGCUGAACACAGCUUCCAAGACGGACUCCUUCUACCAGACCAUUAGCGACAACAAGGAGGCAUCGUUGAAGCAGUCCAUUGCGUACGAGGAUGAGUUUAUCUAUGAGCUAAACAAUCAGCCUUCGUCAGCUGAUGCCAGCUGCUUGGAAGAGAUUCGGACGAUUGUGGAAAGCUACAUGAAUUUGGCCGGUUUUGGCUACACGAACUGUGUGAACCAAGUCGAAGCGGGGCUGAAGAAGGAGCUAGACAAAGUGUACAAACUGCUGCAGGUCGAUGAGUCGGAGCUGUUCAAUCUGAGCCUGUUGGAUGUGUUCCGCGGUGAGAACAUCAUUGCCGAUCCAGUCAAAAUUAUCGCCAAGUUGAACGAGAAGGCCUCGGAGAUCAAUAGCAUUGCACUGAAUUUUACGGCCGACGUCAAUGUUUCUGUAGAUGAUUACGCCUCUCGUUUGGUAGCGUUGGAAAAUUCGUACAAGUCGUGUGUGCUUUCGAACGAGUCCUCCUUUAAGCAAGCGUUGGAGACGACAAAGAUGCAGCUGAUGCCGAUUUGCGUGCAAACGGUGCUUUAG